UCCAUGUGGCAGACAGAGCAAAGCCACAAUGCUUUCUCUGCCGGAUUAACGACAGCCCACAGACCAGAACUUCCACUAUACUACUUAAAAUUACAUAGGUGGCUUGUCAAAUUCAAUUGAUGAGUGUUUUAAGAAGAAAAAGAAGUUCGUUAUUACAGCUUGGAUUCAACGGUCCAAAACAAAAAUGCAAUUGCCAUUAAAGUCACAGAUGAACAAACUUCUACACUGAUUUUUAAAAGCGAGAAUAAGAGCAGCAAGUUUCUGGGUCUGCUUUAUCAACAGAUGCAUAAAGACUUUAUACAACCUCAUUUCAAAAUGAAGGCUUUUAUUUGGACCCUAAGUGUGUUAUUCUUCCUACUAAUGGGCAUUGGACAUUGCAGAGGAGGACAGUUCAAAAUAAAAAAAAUAACCCAGAGGAGAUACCCUCGUGCCACAGAUGGUAAAGAGGAAGCAAAGAAAUGUUCAUACACGUUCCUGGUGCCUGAACAGAAAAUUACGGGGCCAAUUUGUGUCAAUACCAAAGGGCAAGAUGCAAGUACUAUUAAAGAUAUGAUCACCAGGAUGGACCUUGAAAACCUGAAGGAUGUGCUCUCCAGGCAGAAGCGGGAGAUAGAUGUCCUGCAGCUGGUGGUGGAUGUAGAUGGAAACAUUGUAAAUGAGGUAAAGCUGCUGAGAAAAGAAAGCCGGAACAUGAACUCCCGUGUUACUCAACUCUAUAUGCAGCUAUUACACGAGAUUAUCCGUAAGAGGGAUAAUUCACUUGAACUUUCCCAGUUGGAAAAUAAAAUCCUCAAUGUCACUACAGAAAUGUUGAAGAUGGCAACAAGGUACAGGGAACUAGAGGUGAAAUAUGCUUCCUUGACUGAUCUCGUCAAUAACCAGUCUGUGAUGAUCACUUUGCUGGAAGAACAGUGCUUGAAGAUAUUUUCCCGACAAGACCCCCAUGUGUCUCCUCCUCUUGUCCAGGUGGUGCCACAACAUAUUCCUAACAGUCAUCCGUAUACUCCUGGACUGCUGGGGGGUAAUGAGAUACAGAGGGAUCCAGGUUAUCCCAGGGAUUUAAUGCCACCACCCGAUCUGGGGACUUCUUCCACCAAAAGUCCUCUCAAGAUACCACCAGUAACAUUCAUCAAUGAAGGACCAUUCAAAGACUGUCAGCAUGCAAAAGAAGCUGGACAUUCAGUCAGUGGGAUUUAUAUGAUUAAACCUGAAAACAGCAAUGGACCAAUACAGUUAUGGUGUGAGAACAGUUUGGAUCCAGGGGGUUGGACUGUUAUUCAGAAAAGAACAGAUGGCUCUGUCAACUUCUUCAGAAACUGGGAAAAUUAUAAGAAAGGGUUUGGAAACGUUGAUGGAGAAUAUUGGCUUGGACUGGAAAAUAUCUAUAUGCUUAGCAAUCAAGAUAAUUAUAAGUUGUUGAUUGAAUUAGAAGACUGGAGUGAUAAAAAAGUCUAUGCAGAAUAUAGCAGCUUUCGCCUGGAACCUGAAAGUGAAUUCUUUAGACUACGUCUGGGAACUUACCAGGGAAAUGCAGGGGACUCUAUGAUGUGGCAUAAUGGUAAACAGUUCACCACACUGGACAGAGAUAAAGAUAUGUAUGCAGGAAACUGCGCCCACUUUCACAAAGGAGGAUGGUGGUACAACGCCUGUGCGCAUUCUAACCUAAACGGAGUGUGGUACAGAGGUGGCCAUUACAGAAGCAAAUACCAAGAUGGCAUAUUUUGGGCUGAAUACCGAGGCGGGUCGUACUCUUUGAGAGCAGUUCAGAUGAUGAUCAAGCCUAUUGACUGAAGAGAGAUCGCCUCCAACUUAAAUGACAGAGAGCUCUGCCCUUUUCAGUUCCUAAAAAUGUAAAUGUUACAUGUAUAUUGUUUUGCACAAUUCAUUGCUACAGACACAGUUUUAAAUGAACUUACCAUAACUGUAAAAGAGGAUUUAUGACUAUAGUUUCAUCUUUCCUCAAUAUACUGCAGAAGAUUAUUUGUACCCGUAACCCUAUUUUUAAAAUUAUAUUGACUAAACAUAGGCAAAGUUUGUUUUAUAAAAUGUAAAUAUUUGCCACAGUAUAUAACAAAUCUUAGCUUUAUUUUAAA